CCUUGCCUGGCCAUUGCGCCGUAAAUCUAUCAGCGAGCGCCUCUUGCUCUGCAUUAUUGCAAAACAAAGCCGCUCUCAGCGCUCACUCACGACUCAAAUACGGUACACACCCAGUUUAAGGGUAUCUACCUACCUACUGAUGACUACCUCUGUCAUUUGAAGUCACGGUCAUCCAACAUCCUCCCACACACCCACACACCCACUCAUCUACCUUUCUCUUCUCGGCCUCGUCCGUUCCCUGCCGUUGCCGUGGCCGUCUGUUAAAACACGCUAUCGUCUCUGCGGCCUCAUCGUGAUACUACUUACCUACCUACUUGACAUCCAUUCUCUUCUCCUCUCCACUUCUUUGCUCCAAUACUCGCAUACUCGACUUUGCUGUUUUGUGCGUGCGGCGCCUGCAUCUGCAAGCACUCGAGAGACAAGGAAGACAUUGGACGCAUAUCAGUCACCCUUGCCUGGUCCAAACUGCCUGCAGCACUAACCAGCAGAGUGGAUGCUUGCGCCGGCCUGGCCUGUGGACGAACGAGAUAGCCUGCCCGACCUCGCUCUGCAUACACUUGCAUGAGCAGACAAACUCGUCGUGAAGCCAGAAGCCACCCAUCUCCACUAGCACCCACUAUUAUUGGCCCGUCCCGAGACAGAGAGACAGAGAGAGGGACCGCUGUGCUGCACUGGAAGACAGACGAGAAGGAACUUUUACUACAUGUCGUCGGCCUCUUAACUUCCUCUUCCGUCCUCCACUUACUUACUCUGCUCUGUCCCUCGUUGCUCCAGAGCGUUUGUACUUGGAGCUGUGUUGCUCACGGUGCUCAGCACGACCACGGCCUCAACUCUGCCUCGAGGUACGUCUGCAACGCUCUCUCCCACUCUCGCACGUCAGUCCACGUCGUCUGCUUCGCGGCACCGUGUUAUUCACCCCUCCAUCGUGCCCAGGAGCGUGUCGAGACUUUUUCACAAAUGCCCCAGGCUUCACCCAGAACACCGGGACGUAGCUUUGUCGAGAAGGCCGCGACCAAUCGCUCAACUGCUCGUCUCUAACUUCUCUCUCUUUUGCUUUCCGUUCCUCUCAUUCAAGCCGCAUUUCAAGACUGAUCUAAUGUUGUGUUACUUCUAGACCGCCUCGCCCUCCUUCCCUCCUCCUCUCUCCCCAUAACUCGAGUCGCACGUCUAUCACACGAGCCCCUCCGAAGUUGAGAUACAAGGCAGUGGGUAGCCUUCUCAACGCGUCGUGUCUGCCGAAGGGCUUUAGACUCCCUACACACUUGCGAUAAACCACAUGCAUCCUCAAUGAUGGACACCGAGGAUGGUCAGUUCUUUAUAAAGAACUUGGCUCACUUUGUUCGAACGCACGAGAAGGCUUUGGCAAACGCUCUACAAUUGCGACGCCAGCAGGCUCCUAAGCAUGGUUCUUCACAGAGUGUAUCUGGAUCCGUUGGAGGGGCAGCGACUCCCACCUCUCCAACAAGUACACACCCUCCCUCAUCCGCUUCUUCUGCUACGACAUCGAGCACACUCGCUGCAGCCCUCUCCCUCCCAUACUUGACAUUUGCCUCGCAUAACAUUAAACCUGCCAAACUUGCUCUUACGCCCCAUCACCUCUUCUACCUCUUGUCACGAUUCGAAGAUCUAGGUAUAACGGUAGGGCCUAUGAAUGUGCGGUUGGAAAAUCUACACUCAGAUACUUCCGCAGCCAACUAUGUCUCUUUUUUGAGCCAGUCACAGCGCCCGAAAGGCCGCGGCGGCUCUGAUAAUGGGUCCAUACACUCCGUAUCCAGUGUGCGAAGUGUGAUGUCCGGUAUGUCCUCGUUAUGGUCAAAUUUUCGCUUAGGAUCUGGAGGCGCUGCUGCUAGAACCGAAAAGCAGAAGGCUGCAAUCGAAGCCGACCUCAAAUACCUAUACUCGGCAUUCACAAAGAUCCCUUGCCUGAGACUGGCACCGGAUCGUCGAGCCCGAUUAAUAGAAGGCUACGAAGAAUUCCCAUUCGAUAGCGCUGUUCCUCUUCUCGCUUUCAAGAAUAUCAGUGCAUUGGAGAUAAGUGAUAUCGACAUUCGACAGUUCUUCGGAUGGGAUCGUCUUGCUGAACAAUUAAGAUCUUUGACUGUGAAGCGUGCUGGAGUAGACGACCCUGCAGAUCUGCUCAUCAACAUUGUGCUGGACGACAUGGACAAGAGACGGCGGAGAUCUUCCAAAGCACAAAUGUCUCCAACCUCAACAUGGGCAGCGGCUACCAGCCCUAGACGCAGUCCUACAAUGGCACAUGCGGAACUGGUCAAAUCAAACUCAGCACCGGGUUCACCUGAUGAUCGGAAUCAUAUUGGCGAUGAAAGCGAAGAGCGAGGGGCUUCACUUGUGCGGUCCGGGUCGGAUGGCGCGAAGUCUCCCACCAAGGCCAGGCCAAGGAGCAAUUCUCCCAUGCGACCUAACAGUUCAAGAACUGGUUCUACUCAUGGCCAUCUUAGAGGUUCUCACAAAGUCAAGAGAUCUGGAUCAGGCAGUUCUCAUUCGAGCAUGUCAGAAAGCUGGCACAAUCCUCGGAGCAGUUCAUCGAAUCUAUUGUCAAUGGGGAUUUUACCCUCAUCUAAAUGGAGAUUUCUCAAGCAUCUCAGUCUUGCUGAUAACGGUCUGACUUCCAUAUCUGCCUCGAGCUUGGCACCGCUGGCCAACACCCUUCACUCUCUGGAUCUCUCGUCCAAUCUGUUCGCACAGAUCCCCGAUUGUCUUGCCUCUCUGACUGCCCUUCGGGCCCUCAACUUGUCGAAUUGUAUGAUUGACUCCCUUCAUUCAUUGACCAGAAAUCCCCUCCCAGCGAUCUCGGCCUUGAACCUUCGGUCAAAUAGACUGAUAUCUAUUGCUGGUGUUGAGAGACUCUACCCUCUCGAGAGACUCGACUUGCGGGACAACAAGAUGACAGAUCCUACCGAGCUGGCGAGACUGACUGGAAUACCCGAUAUCAGAGAGAUCUGGGUGUCUGGUAAUCCAUUUACGAGGACUCAUGGCAGCUACAGAGUGAUCAUCUUCAACCUCUUCAGAAGCACUCCUGGGUAUACAGAGGACAUUUUGAUUGAUACAUAUGCGCCAGGCUACAGCGAAAGACGGCAACUCGUUGAAAGGGUAGCAGAGAAAGCGAAUGUGCCCGUUGUCAAGCCUCCUCCACAAGACCUCGGACCCUCUGCGUUCGAAGUAAACAAGCCAAUUAUCGAAUACCCCUCCUCUCGAGAGCCUUCUGUAUUACGCAAGGAACGGCCGAUACCAGCAGCUACAACAAGCGAGAUACAUACCAGUUCCUCUGGGCGAAGGAGGAGAACGCCUAAGAGAAGAAUCGUUGACCUCUCGACUUCAGAAACUUCUCCUAGCAAGCCUGUGAAACCUGCUGUCAGACCUGCAACAGAGCAAGCAACGUCUACCGCUGCAGGGUCCGACAGUGGAUAUGGUAUCAGUCCCGAUCCAUCACCCGGUACCUUUCCGUCAUAUAUGCCGUCAGAUCCUCGACAGACACAGAGCCAGACAGAUAUUCCUCGGAUAGAUACAUCGGUAGUGCCGCGACUACCCCCCAUAGAGACAGUGACAUACGACACUCCUCUCGUCAAAUCACAAAACAACAAAGAGUCAGAGGACUGGAAAGUCAGCGGAGAGAUCUAUAGAAAGAAGCUCGAAGCGUUGCGGAACGAGGUUGGUAAUGGCUGGCUUUCCGUCCUGAGCGAAGAAGGCUGGGACUCGCAGCGGAAUCCCCAACAAACCUUUGGGAGCCCGGAUUACAGUCCUGCGAACACCAUUCGGCCGAGUCCUACCACACCUCGGGCCAACAGUCAACGGACAUUAGGAUAAAUAAGUCCCGCCGGCGGUCCCCUUCACUGGAGGAUUGCCACCACAACCGGAGAUUGCGGUGGACGGGUCAUCAACGUCCACGCGGCGGCGGUAGUUACGUUUGGGAGGCUGUUCUUGAUACCCAUGGUCUUUUUUCUUCUCUUCCCAAAAAAGUUGCAUUUCGACUCUGGUGUGUGUGCUGUUUCUUGAACCAAAAAGACUUUUGCAUUAAAUUUGGGGCGGACGGGGUCUACUCGUUUCUCGUUUUAUUCCUUGUCAUCAGCAUAGCGUCUGGGUUGGGAGGUCAUCUUCACUUUUGGUUUUUCUUAUGCUGUUUCUUCUCCUUCUACCGAGUGGGGUGACAUGUCUUUGUGGAGAGAGAAUGUCACCUAUUUCUUCUUUCUUACUUCUUCUUCUGAUAAGCAUUUUGGUGCGAAAGCUAGAUCUCAGAUUGGUGGGACAGUAUGGAGGCUUUGUAAAAUAUGGGAUACCUUUUCUUUUCUUCUUCCUUUUUACUUUACAUCGGGUUGGUCUAUGGAGUGUGGGAUGGAAAUGGGGCGUUUGAUGCUUUAUUCUGUUGGUUUUUACCCUGAUGAUGGCUGGCAUUUGUUCUUGUUUGUUGUAUCUGCAUUGAGCGAGCGGGAAUACAAAUGACCAGACGAACGAACGCACGUACGACAUGGAUGGAUGGAUGGGCAUGGCAUGACCCGGCUGGUACUGGAGGUGGGAGGCAUAAUGAAACAAACCUUUUUUAGCUGCUAAGAUGCCGU